ACGGGGAGCCUGAUAUCCGUGUGUGUAAAAAAAUCAAUGAUGAGUACCGUUUGGCAUUAAAUAGAUUAGUUAUACAAACUGAUUUAUCUAAACAAGAAUCACAAAGGGCUAUUGAAUUAUACAACCAAUUUAAACAAUAUGGCAAAUCCAUGUGGACUGCAUAUUUAAAUUCAAAAAUGAAAAAAAUUGCUAGCAUCAACCAAGAAACUGAUAAGAUAGAAAAAAGUCAAUUACAUCAAAAGAACAUAUCAGAAGCUGGAGUUGUUGAUUCAGUCAUAAACAACGUUAAAGUUGUGAUACCAAAAAACAAGACUAUACCUUUAUCUCAAGAAUUUAGUUUCAAUUCUGAUUCUGAAAAUAUAUCUGAAGGAUUUAUUGGAGGGUCAAGGACACCAACGCCAAAGCAUAGAAAUGAAAUAAGAGAAUCCAUUAAGAAAUAUGACUUAAUAAUAAUAAAUAAUGUUGAUAUGCGUUCAAUUUUAAAGGUGUACAAAACUGGAGGAAUAUUGGACACAACAAACAUCAAACAUCAAAUGUUUUUUAAUUCUUCAACUUGGAAUUUCAUAAAAAAAGACACAGAAUUUGGUCUUGAUGAUGAAAUAAAUCCAUUCAUCACUAAAAUCGGGAAACUUGAUUUAGUGGAAGCCAGGUUAGAACUUGAUAGGCUAAUUAUACCAGAUAAUGAGAACAAUGAUUUUCGUUUGAAUCAAAUGUUGGAGGAUCCAUGUGCAACAGAAAGGACCUAUACAUGCAAGUUCUUGGUUCCUAUAAUUGAUAGUGCACUAAGUUGUGUCCAUCCAAGACUAAGAUUACAAUGGUGUGAAUGUAAAUCAGCAUCAAAUAUCAUGAAACUAAAAAUGGAUAAUGUAUUGAAAGAUGGCAGAGAUGGUGCUUUGUUAGAUUCACUAGGAACUUUAAAUAAUAAAUAUGAUUUGGUUGCUUUGGAAGUAGCUGGAAAGCCAUUAAGCAUGGACUUACCAAAGAUCACAAAUGAUAAGAGUAAAAUUAACGAAAUUUGCAAGGAAAUGGUAAAUUUUAUUACAUGUAAACACCCAUUUGUUGAGAGGUGUGACCUUGAACAAGUUGGUGUUGUGUGUUUACAAGCAUUUGGUUUUCACAUUGAAGCUGCUAUGAUGACAUUGGAAGGACCUGAGUGUUGGGUUGUGAGAAAUAUUUGUUCUGCACAACUUCCCACAAAUUUUACAGAGAUUAACCUUGUAAAAAAAAUUAUUAGGUGGGGGCUUGCACUCCGUGAAACAUUAGAAAAGAUUAUUUUUAAUAUAAAUAUCAUAGAAGAUAGAGAAGAUUCAGUCAUUCCAUGGUCAAGAUUUAUAUUGGAAACAGAUGAUUUUAAUGAAUAA